GCGGAGGAACAGGAGGAAGACGACGCCAGCCCGUCAGCCCCGCCGGGCUCCGUGAGUGUGCCCGCCCCCGCCACUCUCCGGCCCGGGACGCGCUCACCCUGGGCGGGCGGCGGCCGCUGGACGGGGAGGGGGAGAGAGGGAGAGACCUUCAGCUUGUGAAUUUCACACUCGACAAAUUGUUAGCAUCUAUGCACUUUUGUCUCCUUCAUGUGCCAUUUGGCUAGUUGAAGGCAAGUGUGUUUUUGAAGUAUCAAGAUACGAAGAUCAACUAGCCAAACCUCAUUCUUGCCUUAAGAAUGUUCCAAAGGCUGAAUAGUAUGCUCAUGGGCGAAAUCAAUGAUUCUUCUAGCCAAGAACCAGAAUUUAGUGAAAAAGAAGAUGAUGAAUGGAUUCUUGUUGAUUUUAUAGACAAUUGCACAAGCUUUUCAUCCGAAGAAGACACCAGCGAAGAGUCAUCCGAUGAUCACCCGCCAGUGUUUUCCUGCUUACCAGCUUCUCUCGAAUGCUUGACCGAAGCCAGCGAUUCUUGCUUCAUCCAGUUUGAGUCCUGUCCGAUGGAGGAGAGCUGGUUUAUCACCCCGCCCCCAUGUUUUACUGCAGGUGGAUUAACCACUAUCAAGGUGGAGACCAGUCCCAUGGAGAAUCUUCUAAUCGAACACCCCAGCAUGUCUGUGUAUGCCGUCCACGGUUCUUGUCGCAGUCUCAACGAGACAAACUGCGCGGCAGAAGAGUUUCAUAAUUCCAGUAGUCCCAGGAUGGAAGCACAAAAUGAAAUGGAGCAGCACAUCCACUGCUAUGUUACGGCCCUUGCUACUCAGACGACUUUUCUGGAACAAACCAAGAGCUUGCGUCCUACCCCGUGGGUAAAAAAACACAGCGGAAGACAUUCUCUGACUAGAAAUAGCCUUCGUCGCCAAAAUCUUACCAGGGAUUGCCACUCCCGGCAAACUAAGCACAGUGGAUUGAUUGUUCACCAGCCUUGCCAGCGUCAGUACAAUUAUUGAGGAUUUUUAAGUUUUAAUCAUAACUUCGGUAGAAUACUGUGUGUGAGUGUGUGUGUGUGGUGUGUGUAUAAUACCUAUCUGAAGACAAUUUAUGACCAAUUACUUUAUCACAUUGCAUUGUAAACUUUGAAACCACAUUUCCAUACUGUGUAUCACUAAAAAUGCCUUACUCUUUGUAAAAAAUUUUUGUAAUGUUCUGAAAACAUAUCAGUACAAUUGCAGUGUUUUGUGUUCAGGAGAUGUCUUUUUGUAAUGUUACAACUCUACAUAGUUGGACUUCACGGCUAGUUAAAGAAAUUCCUGGUUGAAGUGUGGACUAGGCAUCCUUCACAUGUUAUAUUUUAUAUUAAUCAAAACAACUUAUUCUCAGGGUCAGUCAUACACUUUAAUGACCAAUACUUGAUAACCUUUUCUGUAUAUAAUGGAUGCAUACUCCACAUUAACCAAGCAUUAAAGGUGACUGUUGCCUAAGUAUAGAGUAGAAUUUUGACUGAAUUUUUCUAUUGAAGUGUAACUUAAUAUUUCACUCCUGCCUCAAAUUAGUCAGGAAAGUCACUUUGACACAUCAGGUACAUUAAGCUUGAAGGUAAAUUGGAUUUUUCACUUGAUAUCACUGUCUGUGUUAAAGGCACUACAGGUAUUGGAGACACGUUCCUAUUUCAUGCAGUGAAAUUAAAAGAAAGGGCUUGGGUAAUUUUAAGUAUAAGCCCAUCUGUCCCGAACUCUGGCUGAUAAUAAAAUCUGGUUGCUGUCCUCUAUUUUUGACCACUGCCUCUCUCCCCACUUCUUAGAUGGAAUUCAGAAAGUAACCAUAAUCCUGUAGAUUCCAAACAUCUUCUUAAACUUGAGUUUAAUUUCCAGAGUUAUCCAAGAUGGAUAUAUAGGGGCCAUUGUUGGGGUCCUGCUGGAAGCUUUUCAUUGAAGCUUGAUACUGAGAGUGGGGGAAAGUCUUUAAUUCAGGGUUAGCAGUCAUGUUCUGAGCUUUUUGGGUGGUUUGGUCUUUUUUUCUUAAUGGAAGCUCUUAAUACUGUAAUGGCUUUAGACAAUCACAUUUAUUGAGCACCAGUUGUGUGCCGAGCACGGUCCUAAGUGCUUGGGAGAGUAGAAUAGAAUUAGUAUACAUGAUUCCUGCCUUCAUGGAUCUUAUUUUACCACUCUAGAUUCUGAACUCCCUGUUGUAAGAGGGAAGAAUAAUAACUACCUCACAGGAAAGUUGUGAGGACCAUAUAUUCUGAGAGAGAGAGAGAGAGAAAGUGGAGGAUCAGGGAACUGGUUGGAUUUAGGUAUUUACUGAAUCAUCUGGGGAUAUUUACUGAAUCAGCUGUAUUUCUCCCACCACCCAUAUCCACUUCUAGUUCGACCCUUCUCCAAUAAUAUUUGCACUGUGCUUUCAAAAAAAAACAUACAAGUGGUAUUGUGUGUUAAAACUGAUCCAGUGGCAGGAGAAACAUCUUAGUGAGGACUCCUAUUUUUAAAUUCUCUCAGCAUGAGACUCUCUCUUGAAUAACCUGAGAAUGGUGUGGUUAGAAGACAUUUAGUAUAUUUAGAUGCUAACGCUGGGUUGGUUCUUUAAGGGGCCUGAAAGAAGUGCUAGGAAAAUCCAAUAAUAGAAGAGAUGUCAUUCAGUUUUUUUUUUCCUUUUGCCUUCUCUACCCCCUCCCCCUCUUUCCCCUCCUUUUCCUGUACACUACUAUUUAUUUUGUAAUUAAGGGCCAAGAUCACAAGGGUGAUUUCAAAAUGGGGCAGUGGAUAUCUUGUUGCACCGUGGCUUCUCUAAACCAAGGCUGACCAACGAAUUACCUUAAAAAAAAAAAUCCACUUAAGGAUCAGCAUUCUCCAAAGUGACUACCUAUGUUCAGAUCCCCAACUGAUUCCUCUUGCCUAUUUAACAUGAGAGUGUGUGUGUGUGUGUGUGUGUGUGUGUGUGUGUGUGUGAGAGAGAGAGAGAGAGGUAAUUAUAUGAAAGGCUUUUUGUAAAAUUUAGCUCUUUCACAUCUAGUCAGAAAAACAAUCUUGAAAAUAUCUGCUCAGAUAAUUUCUCAAAGGAAGCUUCUGAGCAGCAAGGAGUCCCCUUGCUCAUAUGUUACAAGAAAGCACUAGUAAAUAGAGAUGUUCAGAACAGACGUUCAACCGUGAUUAAUUUAUUCUCUCCAACUGUUAAAUUUAAUCUCCCUCUUCGGGGGCCAUGCUGAUACUUUCAGCCGUUUAUAUCUUGGACUGAAUUUGCCACAUGGGGCUUGGGAUUGAAGGCUUUGCGGGUUCCCUGACAAUUGGUGCCCAGCCCAAGUGACAGACAUCUUACAGAAGCUGCUUACUGGGUAGAAGCUCAGCUUUUGGGGAGUUCAAACUGAUCAUCAAAAAAGGGCUAGGAUGGGUAAGGGGUUGAUAGGAACUGGGGAACAACUCCAACAACCAAAAAAACACCAUUUCACCUUUUUUUGAACCAGAGAACUCCAGGUAGCAGAGGUCCUAAAGCUGGAUCAACCCUCCCAGUAAAGUUGCAGCUGGCACCAUCCUCUGGUGUUGAUGUUUUCAGACUGGAGUGACAAUUUCUUAUAUACUGAGAAAUUGGAGAAAGUAGUGUAACUUUGUUGAAGUUCUUCAUUAUAUAAGACUUCAUGAUAUUGUUGAAAACAGGCUACGUCCUGUGAAGAGUUCUUUGAAAUAUAGCCAAAUGUAUGUUUUAGUAUGACUUAAUUUUAGUCUUCUUGAUGCAAACUAGUGUUUCGAAAAGACCUUUUGCUGUCAGUUGUAUUACAUGACAUUAGGGCAGAGGAAAAUUCCUCUUGGCUCUCCGGUUUGGAGAAUGAUUGACUAUUGCUGUGUCCACACUGGCAAAAAUGAAAUGUUCUGGGCAGGGGGCGGGGACGGGGACGGGGACGGAGAAAUAUCUCUAAAAUCCACGGCACACCGGAUUUAAGUACUGCAUUUUCCAGGGUUUGUAAAUCACACUGUGCAGAAUCAGCCUAUAAAGUUUAUCUUCCUUUAUCUUUCUAAUUUCUGUCCUUUGCUGAACAGUUGAAAAUUGACUGUCCACAAUUCUUAUCAAUGCAUUUACAACUUUUCCUUAGUGUUCCUUUUUUUUUUUACAAUAUUUUGUAGACCUAAUGACUGGAUUUUUUUAACUUUGUUCUGCUUUUCUUUAUCCUUUCUUGUGCUACUAAUUCCUGUUUACAUGUCGUGGUUUCUGCUACUUUUACAGAGUGUUUAAAAUAUAUAUAGUGUGUGAAGUCAUUUAGUUUUUCAUCACUUGUUUAUUCUUGUCAAGUUUUCACAUUUUGGUUCAUAAUUCUCUUCAUAUUACCUCAUUUCCGAUUUUCCUUUUCCUUAAAUUCAUCUCCCAACUCCUGGAAAUACCUUGCAUUUACCCAUUCCUAAGAAAAAUGCCAAUACCUAGAGCUUCAUUUUCUUUGAGAUGGAAAAGUAAACAUGAAGAAAGAUAAACCCGUUUAUCUUUGAAUAAUAAGACUCUCUUCUUUUAAAUGGGUGGUGGGAAUUAAAUAGCUUCCCAUUUUAGACCUAUUUUUGCACCUGGAGGCAAUUUGCCACUAUUCCCUAUCUGGGAGAUUCUCUCGUUUUCUUAAAGUUACUGCACAAUUUUGAGACACUUGGUCUAAAUGCUGACCUCAAUAAUUCCAAUGAAAUUUGAGUUUGGUGAAGAUCUUUGUCAAGAGCCGAUCAGAUAUAAUAUAACUUAUUCCCCAUCUACACUUCCAUGGAAAACUACUUUAUUUAGAAAAAUGUACAGUGUUAUGUCUUCAACAUUGCUGUGUGUGCGUAUAGGUAAUAUGCCACUUUUAGAAUAUUUGGCCACAGUUGCCAUUAAAAUAAAGUGGCAGGCUUAAGCAGUUUGAAAACUAGGAAAAUCGAGCACUUUUUUAGUUAAUGUACAUGGAAAAAAAAAAACCUCCUUGCAACAGUAUUUUGUUAGAGUAAAAAUUCCCAGUUAGCAAAAGGCAGCUUCAAUAUGCGCUAAUAUAGUUGUGUAUCCAUGAUAGGUUUGUUUUUUUAAAUGUUUUUUGUAUGCCUAAGGUAAAGCUGUACUCUGGUCUGGAAUUUAGAUGGCCGUGUUCAUUUAAAAGGAUGGCUGUCUAAAAACCGGCCUUGAACUGGGGAGGAUGAGGGUGUAUGAGCUGAAAUUUUUGUGGUGUGUGGGUAUGAGUGCCUCCAGUUUUGUUUCUUUUCACCACUCCCUGCAAGGCUUUGGACUGUAAUCAAUAUUAAGGUUUUUUUGUUUUGUUUUUUUAAGUCUAUGUAGUAAAGGUGGCUUUGGUUUGUCUUGUAAUGUUAUGAAUUAGUUUUACUGAAACAAUCUUGGUGUACAGUUUGCCGAAAGACUGACUGCAGUAGAACUAAAUAGGGAUUAUGUGCCUUGUUAGGGUUUUUAUGUAUAUAGAUACACAGAUGAUUUGGAAAAACUUGAAGUCACAAAAGGGAUACUUCAGUUGGGAUAAAUACUGUAAACCAAUCUAUGCAUUAAUGGCAGCUUGUUCUUUGAGCCACUAUUCCUGUACUUUCUGUUUUUUUGUAGAAAUGUUUUGAUAUUGAUUGGUUCAUAGUUGAAUGGUCAGUUUUGCACAAGACUAAACAAUAUAAUAUAGCAGUUUGCCAAAAAGGAGUCUAGCAGUGCUUAAACAAAUGUUUAUACUAACACAAAUUCUACAAUUUGGGUUUCAAGGUACAUUUUGCACCUCUGGAAGAAGUAUAUGGCUUUCAUCUGCAAAUAAAGAUCUAUUACUAUCAAAAAA